UUUAUGUGUGAUUGUGGAUUGUGAUGCAGCGUUUCCUCGUACUUUCCGGUGAAUCGGUGAUAAUCAAAGAAAGAGUUCACUAUGAUAAUUCCAGUGCACGGAGAGGUCGUUCGUUGGGAAAAAUGUGCGACUGGAGUGGAAUGACAUUCGCGUUAGAAAACGCAAGGAACUGUUAAACACGAUCAUAGCGAUGCGGAAAAUGGCAAUGGGCGAAUGGGAGAUCUUGUGUGGUGAAUGUGAUUCAACAGGAACAUGACGAUAAAUGAUGCUGCUCUUGAUAAAUUCUCACCAGACAAUGUCAAACUCCAUCCAUCGGCUGUUUAUACAUUCCUCUUUUUAUUCCUGGGAUUACGCAUGUAUAAAUCAUGCUGGGCGCCAUUAUUUCGACAUUCCUCAGUUAACAAUUCCGCCAAAAAGAUUGCUUUUCUCAAAAUCCUAAUUGUUGUGCAGUCUGUUUGCAUUGGAGCUCUUGUUGAUGAUCUUAUAUUCCAACAUGUGCAAGAAGUUGUCGUUUUCCCCAAAUUACCAUUCCUUUUCAUCAUUUUCGUUGGAUUUAUAUGUGAAAUCGUCUUUGCCCUUACAAGAUCUUUCCGGCCCACCAUGGAGCAUGCCGUAUUGUCUCAUUUUGUACCUUUUCUGUUGUCCAUUAUACUACAUAUCGGGUAUCUGCGACCGGAACCGUUCAAUGAAGAAUGGGAAAUAAUCUCUUUGUAUGUUGCGUCGGUAUUGGUGGUGUUCUGGUCUGAUGUACGAGUGGCAACCAUCUGGGAAAAGGAAGCUUUAGUUACAUUGGGACAAGUCGGAAAAACUGUUGUGCUCCAAACGGCACGUUCAUUGGAGAGCUUCGGUGAAGGCUUGUCUACGCUGAGUGAGGCUACGACUGGUUUCCGGACUCUUACAAAUAGUGUGGUGAAUUCUCCCAUUUUGAGUCUCCGAAGCGGUAGUUGGAACCAUGAAGAUGGCUCGAACGGGUCCGUUAACGCUAACAGAUCCAGCCCUUCCACUGCGACGAAUAGCGGUUCGGAUGGUCAUAGUAGUAGCGAUGACGAAGGUAGCAGUCGCGGCAGUGUGGCUUCUUCAGUUUCGACAGAACCUCCGCCUGUUCGACGUUCGGCUCGACUGGCCCACGUUAAGCGAAAUGUCAAUUACCGAUCGUAGAUGAAUUUGAUCUACUUUAGAGCUGCGGUAAAGGUUUUUUUUCACGCACACACAUUCUCCCUUUUGCCUUAUUUGGCAAGUAUCAACUAGAAUUUGAGUUCCUGAGUUUUUGUUAUUGCUUGUUGUUAUUUUCAUUGUUUUUGUACGUUACAUGUUUGAAAAAUAAUUAUUUUACAAAAUACGUGUUUUACAAAAUGUGUGGACGAUGUUUGUUUCUACUAACGCAGAAAAAAGUCGGUCAUCUGUG